UUUGCGUGCUGCCCGCCCCUUUUACAGAUAGCAUGUAAGCUAAUAAGUGCUGUUGUGUUUUUUCUUAUUUUUCCUCAAAACGUCGAAAUAUCGAAAUAAAUGGACUCGAAGGGACGCUCGCUAUAUGCACAGGCAGGCGCUUCAGUAGAUAUGACACGGAGUAUGGAAGAAGAUUCUCUGGUGGAUGCACCUCUGAUCUCCACUGACGCCCUCCAUUCCGCCAUCAGGAGAGAGUUUCGGACUGUACCAACAUACGGCCAUGCCGGCCUGCUGUCUCUAGUGCAUAUUGUGUACGUGGUGUUGUCAGUGUGUGUGGCAGUGCUGUGUGUGUUGAAAUAUGGCCAGGUGGACGUGUGUGCGAGUGUUUUAGGCAACGUGCCAGGUGACAGUGCCAUUGUGUUCGGGAAGGUGUGUUUGUGGGUGCUGGUGCUGGUGUUCACUUGCUGUGUCCACCACCAUCACAGUCGAGCCAGAAGGAGAGGAUACCUGAGAUUCUACAGACAGACACAAAGACUGAACCGCCUGCCACUCAUCAUUCAUUCUGCAGGGAAUGUUUUGUUCUUAGUUGUUAUGGCUGCAGGAAUAUCAGGAGAUGUGCACACCUACAUGCUGCUCAGCAUCCUGGGGUUGGAGCUCUUGGUGUCAGUGCCAUGUCUGCUCUACUACACAGUCAAGGUGAUGCGAUUCAACAGGGAGCGAGCUGCACCAGAUGUGAGCCAAGAAGAGCAUUCGCACACCUACAGCAUCACCAGUCUACCAACUGAGACCGGCUUCAGAGAGGGCUCUAGUCUGGAGGAGGUGGUGGAGAAGCAGGCUGACCUGAUAGAGUACCUGAAACAGCACAACACCUUACUCAGCAAGAGGCUUCUCAACCUCACCGCUCAGCACUGACCACAGCCCCGGCCUCCUCCUCCCUGCGAGCCAGCGGACGCCCUCUCCAGAGAGGACAGCACUGUGGAGAAAGAGGCUGAUCAUUUAAACGCUCCGAGAGGAGGAUCUGUGGGUUUAAAAGAAAGGACUAAAGCCAUGAGAAACACUGGAUGAAAGACUAAAGUAAGCAAAUGCACCUGCACGCACAGACUGAGACAGGGGGGCAUCUCACCUGAGAUGGACAGAUAACACAGGAGGAGGUGAGCUGAAAGUGGAGGACAGUUAAAGAGGAGAAGUGGGAGGAGGAGGAGAGUCAUGGGUCACAGAUCAGAGGUGAGGGGUUUUUAUCGCUCUUUUACGAGCCCCAGUGACCUGUGUAUGCUGCCGCUUGUGUUACUGUGAGAGAAACAGAGGAGCCAAAAUUGUUUUAGAGAUUAUCUGCACUAAGGAGGGACCGAAAGAGCAGGAGAUACAGGAGGGAGGGGUUAUCACUUAUCAGGGUCAGACAAGAGAAAGAUGUCAAAUAAGGCUGUAAAAUGUCUGUAAGUGGUAUUUUUAUCUGCUUGAACACGUGAAAAUGCAUUAUUUGGAGACAGGUUUUUUCUUUUUGUUCAGUUUGUGUAUUUGUGAUCAGAUUCCAAUAAAUCUUUAAUAUUGUCA